UUAUGUGACUAUAGCACUCACUCUUCACUUUAAAACAAUGAAGGUGUUUUAGAACACCUAAAGUAGGUAAUGCAUGUCCUUUUAGAAUAUAUGUGUGUGUGUGUCUUUGUGUGUGUACAGGUGAGACCAAAAACUUUGAGAAUGCCUUUGAUUUGAGCAAGGUGCAGCUGUCUGGAAUGCCCCUGGCUUUCUACUCUGGGAUGUAUGCAUAUGCUGGUUGGUUUUAUCUCAACUUUGUGACAGAGGAGGUUGAUAACCCAGAGAAGACCGUUCCAUUGGCCAUUUCUAUCUCCAUGGCAAUUGUGACCUCCUGCUAUGUGUUGACCAACGUCGCGUACUACACUGUGAUGUCAGCAGAGGAACUCCUAGCCUCAGAGGCUGUUGCUGUGACAUUUGCAGAGAGGCUAUUAGGAAACUUUUCAGUUGUUGUCCCGGUGUUUGUGGCCUUGUCCUGUUUUGGCUCCAUGAACGGCGGUCACUUUGCUUUGUCAAGGUAAUGAUUCUCUUUAUUUAUUUCAACCUGGUUCUGGACUGAGUUCAAUCUGCAAUAUAAAACCAUCUGUACACAUUUGUGACUGGGCAGGACAAAACCAGGAACAAGUGUCCGGUCUGAGUUAUUUAAGGGUUCAGUGGUGGAGAAAGUACUCAAAAAAUUUACUUAAGUAA